AUGGCGGCCGCGUUUCUCUUCUACCUGCCCCUCCUGCCAGGGCUGUCCGGCGCCUUCAACCUGGACACAGGCAACGUGAUCAGCCGGCGCGGGGAGCCGGGCAGCCUCUUCGGCUUCUCCCUGGCCAUGCACCGGCAGCUGCAGCCGCAGGAGAAGCGUCUACUACUGGUUGGAGCUCCUCGGGAAAAAGCCUUUCCAUCCCAACAAGCCAACAGAACCGGAGGCUUGUACAGCUGUGACAUCACAUCUCCAAAUACAGGCUGCACACGUGUUGUAUUUGAUGAGGAGACUGACCCGAAGAAGGAGAGUAAAGAAGAUCAAUGGAUGGGUGUAACUGUUCAGAGUCAGGGACCAGGAGGAAAUGUGGUGACAUGUGCGCAUCGCUAUGAGAAGCGGCAGUAUGUGAACACCGUGCAGGAGACCCGGGAUAUCAUUGGAAGGUGCUAUGUGCUGAGCCAGGAUCUCACCAUUAAGGAUGAUAUGGACAAUGGAGUGUGGAGUUUUUGUGAUGGUCGUUUGAGAGGCCAUGAGAAGUUUGGUUCCUGUCAGCAAGGUGUUGCUGCGACGUUUACUAGAGACUAUCAUUAUAUUGUGUUUGGUGCCCCAGGCACUUACAAUUGGAAAGGGGUGGUUCGUGCAGAGCAAAAGAACCAGACAUUUUAUGAUCUGGGUAUCUUUGAUGAUGGGCCUUAUGAAGUUGGUGAUGAGAGCCGCCAAGAUAAGAAUCUAGUUCCUGUUCCUGCUAACAGUUACUUAGGUCUUCUGUUUUUGACAGCUGUAUCUGAUAGUCAUCCAGAUCAGUUUGUAUACAAAACAUUGCCUCCUGGCAUACAAGUGGACAAAUCGGUGGAUGUAAUGAUGAAUAGCUACUUAGGUUUCUCUUUGGACUCUGGUAAAGGAAUUGUCUCCCAAGACGAGAUGACUUUUGUGUCUGGUGCCCCAAGAGCUAAUCACAGUGGAGCAGUUGUUUUACUGAAAAAAGAGAAGAAUCAGCGAGCGCUUUCACUGGAGCACAUGUUUGAAGGAGAAGGGCUGGCCUCCUCUUUUGGCUAUGAUGUUGCUGUUGUGGAUCUCAACAGUGAUGGAUGGCAAGACAUUGUUGUUGGAGCCCCACAGUAUUUUGACAGAAGUGGAGAUAUUGGUGGUGCUGUGUACGUCUACAUUAACCGUCAGGGCAGAUGGGAAGGAGUAAAACCUAUUCGCUUAAAUGGAACCACUGACUCCAUGUUUGGGCUUGCAGUUGAAAAUGUUGGGGACAUAAAUCAGGAUGGAUACCCAGAUAUUGCCGUAGGGGCUCCAUAUGAUGGCUACGGCAAAGUGUACAUUUAUCACGGAUCCAAGCAUGGAAUCAUUGAAAAACCAGCACAGAUUCUUGAUGGUGAAAAAACAGGCACUAAUUUCUUUGGCUACUCUAUUGCUGGAAACAUGGACCUGGAUAAAAAUUCCUACCCUGAUAUUGCUGUUGGUUCUCUUUCAGACUCUGUAUCUGUUUUCAGAUCUCGGCCUGUGAUAAGCAUCAGAAGAAGCAUUACAGUCCAGCCUGACAGAAUUGAUCUAAAGAACUCUGAAGACCCUAGUAAAAUAUGGCUGGAUGUGAAAGCAUGUUUUCAAUACACUGCAAACCCCAGUGACUUAAAUCCAAGAAUAAAGAUCAACUAUACCUUUGAAGCAGAAAAUGAGAGGAGGCAGUUAGGCCUGCCAUCCAGGGUGCAGUUUAGAGACCACCUGUCUGAUCAGUUCACUGCAAGUACAACCCUAAGGGGACAGAACUCAAAAGAGUGUGUGACAACCAAGCUUGUACUGCAGCCAGAAAAAAUUAAAGAUAAGCUGCGCCCCAUCCCAGUAUCAGUCAGUGUUAAAAUCGCUGGCCUGGAGUCCGGCACACUGCCUGUAAGAAAAGAGAGAGCACUUCCAGACCUUAUACCAAUUCUCAAUUCAAACGAAUCUGAAACAAAGACCACAAAAGUGGAGUUCUUAAAAGAAGGAUGUGGAGAAGACAACGAAUGCCACAGUAAUCUGAAACUUCAGUACCGGUUUUGCAGUAGAGAAGGAAACGAAGACAGGUUUACUUACUUACCCAUUGAAAAUGGCAUGCCAGUGCUGGUUCUGAAAGAUCAGAAAGAUAUUGCCCUGGAGAUAACAGUGACAAACAAUCCAUCUGAUACUAAAAAUCCACAAAAAGACGGUGAAGAUGCAUAUGAAGCUAAACUCAUUGCCACUUUUCCAGACAGUUUGACAUAUUCUGCAUUCAGGGAGAUGAAGGGUUAUCCUGAGAAACAGCUAACGUGUAGCGCUAACCAAAAUGGUUCUCAAGCGGAGUGUGAACUUGGAAAUCCUUUUAAAAGAAAUUCCAAUGUAACCUUUUAUCUCAUCUUAAGUACCACUAAAGUUAAUGUUGAUACAACAGACUUGGACGUUACUCUGAAGUUGGAAACGACAAGCACUCAAGUUAAUUCAACUCCAAUUACAGCUAGUGCUAAAGUGGUUCUUGAAUUGCUUUUAUCACUCACCGGAGUUGCUAAGCCAUCUCAGGUGUAUUUUGGAGGCAAGAUCGUUGGUGAGAGUGCUAUGAAAUCUGAAGACAAUAUUGGAAACCUCAUAGAGUAUGAAUUCAGAGUAACUAACCUGGGCAGACCACUGAAAACAUUUGGUACUGCUUCGCUGGACAUCCAGUGGCCAAAAGAGAUUAGUAAUGGCAAAUGGCUUCUUUAUUUAAUGAGCAUAGAUUCCAAAGAUUUGGAGAAAGUCUCCUGUCAACCUGAGAGUGAAAUCAACAGUCUGCACCUUGCGGAAUCCCAAAACUCAAGAAGGAAACGUGAGGUUGCAGAGAAACAGAUUACAGAUGGCAAGACACUUUCUUUAUUCUCAGAAAGAAAAUACAAGACCUUGGAUUGCAAUGUGAACGCACGCUGUGUGGACAUAAAAUGUCCCCUGAAGGGUUUAGAUAGCAAGGCAUCCAUUGUGCUGCGCUCCAGACUGUGGAACAGUACUUUCUUAGAAGAAUACUCCAAAAUGAACUACCUGGAUAUUCUUGUUCGGGCUUCUGUCAGUGUUCCUGCUGCAGCUAAGAAUGUUAAACUCACAAACGAAGCUGCUCAGGUCCGCGUUACUGUCUUCCCUGCAAAACCAGUAGCACUUUAUACAGGAGUACCUUGGUGGAUCAUCGCGGUGGCAAUUUUUGCUGGAAUACUGAUGCUCGCGCUGCUAGUACUCUUACUGUGGAAGUGUGGGUUCUUCCAGCGUUCCAGGUACGAACACAGUGUCCCCCGAUACCAUGCUGUAAGAAUCCGAAGAGAAGAGCGACAGAUCAAAGAUGGGGAAUGCAAAGACCUUGAGACAAAACAGUGGUUCACAAAAUGGAAUGAAAAUGAAAGUUAUUCUUAGGAAAAAAAGACUAUUUUAAUCUACAGAGUUCAGAUAGAGGUUAAGGUUUUAAUGAACGGAAUACUGAUGGAUGUAUACCUACAAACACUAUGGAAAUUCACCAUUUGAUUGUAGACAUCACGACUUCUGUUGAGGCUUUUGUUUGCACAGUUAGAAUUGCUUCAACAGACUUCACAUGCAUUAUUUCAUUUACAGACUGCCUCUUCCCCCCAUUCAAAACUAACUCACACUUUAGAAGAUACUGUGUUGAUUUGGGGUCUCUUCUGCAAAAUAUGCAAAACAAAAAGAAACAGCAGACCUUUUCCUGUGAUCCUAACCACCUUCCAUGCAAGGAAUGCAUAGUUAAGGUCAAGACAGGUUCUCCUUUCCUCAGUACCUACUCCACUAUAAACACACAGUGCCCUUAACAUGCUUUUGUUCAUGUAUAAUCUGAAGACCUGCAAAUCUACUUUAUUCACAGACUUUGCCUGCUGCAGUAGUUAACCCUAAGAAAAAAGCAUCAUCUUAAAUUACAUGUGCAAUAGGUCAUUUUGCUCCAUUUUAAAGAUCAGAUUGUGUGAUUCUUAUUCAAAACAAAUAUACACAGGUUUGUGGUUUGUUUUCUUUUAAAGAGAGGCUUGAAUAUUAGAUGUACUUUUUGUAUAUAUAUUUCAGUCAUUUUUGUAUUUAUUUUUGUUAUAAAUCAUGGUCUCUAACUGUCAGGCCAAAGACUUAACUGGACUUUCAAAUAAACUGUUUUUGAACUUCAGAUUGUGAGACCUGAGGUGGUCACUGCAUUUUAACAAGUCACUGCAGAUGCCAGUGCUUUCUAAAUAUGUAAAUAUUUAUUCCAGUGAUUUGUACAGGGGCUUUUUUUCUCCCUGAUACUUGUAGCUAUAUUGGAGGAAUUUGGUCUUGUAACAUGAUUUAUGUAUUAAUGCAGACUGUUUAAGGAUUUGGACACCGAGCAAAAAUAGUAUUUUUAGAUACACUUUUAUACUUACUGGAAGAAAGUGAGAGGUUCUCUGGAAACAGAUUUCCAGCUUCCUAAAGACUUUGUGUUUCGCAAAAGGCAUUGACUACUGCAGCUGUUAAAAAGCACUUGAAGGAGGCUAUAAAUGCCCAAAUUAACUACUACAGGGAUCUGAGCUGAUUCACGAUGAGACUACUGAAUUGUCUUGAAUACCUGAAUGUUGAUGAAAGUACAACCACAAUGUUGUGGUUAUCAGUAAUCUAGUUAUUGUAACAUAACUGAUAAAAAUAUUUAAAGAGUUUACUUUUGUUACCCAUGUUCUAAAGCAUUGGUACUAUUUAAGAAUGAAGAUUUAGUUCACACUUGUUUCAUGUGAAACAAUUCUGCUCAAAAAGUAUGUACAUUAAUUGCUAGUAAUUUGAACUAUGCAGAAACCUCUUGGUACUUUUUUCCCCUCAUAGGGUAAAAAUCUGCUAGGAGGGCAGUUGUCAAGUGUCUUAUUUUUAUUACUAAUUUUGAGCAUACCUUCUUGGAAGGUGUGGCCACCUAAAAAUUGCCAUUAUAGAAAGUGCAUUAAUUUAAUAGAGUCGGCUUCCUCCCACAAACUCAGUAUGUUGUGACUGUGAUUUUUAUGAACUCUUAACACAUUCAGCUCUAACUUGCUUUUGAGCUUUUAAAAUUGUAGCUUACUUCCUGAAAGGCUCAGAGCAGCAUCUGAAGCCAAGCUAAUCAAGGGCUAAAAAGCUUGACAAAUUGCCUUGGAUUUAAAAACAGACUGUGGUCCUCAUCCUAAUAACGUGAAUGUCUUAGCAGCAUUAAACUGAAAGUUCUUGAAAAAUAAGUCAUGUCACUGGUAUACCUUUAUCUCAAACAUUUUUUAUACCAGCUAGCAAUGCUACAUCAUUCCAUGAUUAGAAAUUACCUGUGGAUAUUUGUAUAGAGGUGAAAUAAAUCUUUUUUAAUUAAA